CAAAUCUCAAUUGUCUAUGGACCCUAUUGAUUGGUCGACGAGGAGAUGUAAAAAAUGGCUGCCUUGCCUUCUCCUACUCAGGUGGCAGGGACCCACAGUUCUAUAUACGAAGCUUACUAUCACCAAGUGGACCCAAAUGGCACCGGCGCGAUCCAGGCGCUGGACGCGGCGCGCUUCCUCAAGAAGUCGCGCCUUAGCGAUGUGGUGCUCAGCAAGAUAUGGGACCUGUCCGACCCCACCGGCAAGGGCUAUCUGGACAAAGCGGGUCUGUUCGUGGCGCUGAAGCUGGUUGCGCUGGCGCAGGCCGGCAAGGACAUCAACAUGAGCAACAUACACUCCGAGACCCCGCCGCCCAAAGUAGGUGAGUUGCCCAAAGUACCGCCGCCUUCAGCCACGCCAGCCACCGCUCCCGCUCUGGCUCCACUGAGCGACUGGAGCGUCAAGCCAGCGGAACGUGAUAAGUACAGCCAGCUCUUCGACUCUCUGCAGCCCAGCAAUGGACUCAUUCCCGGGAACAAGGUGAAAGGUGUGUUGAUGGAAUCAAAGCUCCCCUUGGAGACCCUGGGCAAGAUCUGGGACUUGGCCGAUCAAGACAAAGACGGCAUGCUCGACAGGCACGAGUUCAUUGUGGCAAUGCACUUAGUAUAUAAAGCGCUAGAAAAGCACGCUGUCCCCACGACGCUACCGCCGGAGUUGCGCGCGCGGCCCGCGCGGCCGCCGUCGCGCCCGCCGUCGCGCCCGCCGUCGCGUCCGCCGUCGCGCCCGCCGUCGCCGCAGCCGCGCGCGCCGCCGCCGCGCCCCGUGCCGCCGCCGCAGCAGCCACAGUCCAACGCCUCGCUGCUGGAGGGGCUACUGGAUUUAUCUAGCCCGCCCUCCCCGAUGCCCCCGCCGGUGCAGUCGUCGUGGAUGUCGGCGGCGGACCGCGCGCGCUACGACUCGCAGUUCACGGCCGCCGACACGGACAUGGACGGCUUCGUGUCCGGCGCCGAGAUCCGCGACGUGUUCCUCAACAGCGGCCUGCCGCAGGGCACGCUGGCGCAGAUCUGGGCACUCUGUGACACAGAGAGCGCGGGCAAGUUAUCGAGGGACCAAUUCGCGGCAGCCAUGUGCUUAGUGCAGCGCGCCUUGCGCGGCAUACCUCCCCCGGCGUCUUUGCCGCCAGAAUUGCUCGCCAAACCCAGUACGCAGCCACCACCGCCACCGGACAAACUAAUUCUUGAUGCGCCCAUGAAACCGGAGCCCAUCAGCCUGGGCCCUCAGCCGACUCCGGAGAUGGAGGCGAUAGCGCGGGAAGUGGACGCGCUGGCUCGCGAGCGCCUGGCGCUGGAGGCCGAGCUGGCCGCCAAGCAGAGGGAGGUCACCGUCAAAACGGGCGAAGCGGACAGUCUGCAGAGCGAAUUGGAUACUUUAACGGCUACAUUAAAACAGUUAGAAAACCAAAAAGGUGAAGCGCAGAAAAGGUUAAACGAUUUAAAAACACAAGUGGACAAACUACGAUCUCAAGUGUCGGCGCAAGAGGCGGCCGCGGCGGAAACAGAGGCCGAGGUGGCAGCGAGGCGCGCGGCCGCCAACACCUUGAAGGAGAAGGAGCGCGCGCUGCAGGCCGAGGCGGCGGACGCCGAGGCCGAGGCGGAGGCGCUCACCGCGCAGCUCAGCAAAACCGUCCUCGCUGUCAGCCAGGCGAAAAUCAAAAUUAGUCACCUAGAAGAACAAUACCAGUCGUUAACGUCGGCAGUGGAACAGCUGACGGCGGGCGGCGCCGCUGCAGCAGGGGUGCUGACGCUGCAGCCGCUGCACACCGAGCAGCACUUACAGCAACUAGUUAGGGGCAGCACACCCAAUGAUGCCGUCGAUGACGACUCGUUCUCAAAGAACGAGUUUGGAGCGAUGAAUGGAGGCAGUGGGUUCGCCUCAGACCCCUUCAAGGACGCGGCGUUCUCAAACCUCCCAAGCAAUGACCCCUUCGCGCCCGCGGGGAGCACGCAUUCCGCUAAGGAUGCGUUCGGCAACGACGCGUUCGCAUCGAACGCGGACCCUUUUGCCGGAGACGCCUUCACGCCCGCCGAGCCCGCCAAACCCGCCGAUGGCGCGUGGGAAGCGGAUCCCUUCGCAGUGCUACACGCGCCCACGAGGAACUCCGUGGGCGCGGCGAGCGCGGGUGGCGUGGGCGCGGGCAGCGCGGGCAACGUGGGCGCCAAGCGGCACAAGACGCCGCCGCCGCGCCCCGCCCCGCCGCGCCCCAACCCGCCGCAUAAGAACCUCCGCAAACCCGCCCUCGACUUCACCGAGGACCCCUUCAAAGACUACAGAUACGAGGACCCGUUCAACAUCGAAGAUCCCUUCUCUGACGUCACCGACUCGAAAAAAAUCGACCCCUUCGCGAGAUCGACGUCGGCCGCCGGUUUCGCGACCGAAGACUUCUUCACCCCCUCCUCGACCAUCAACGGCCUCGCCAAGCCCGACCGAGCCAGCGGCAGAGUGUCCGCCCCGCCCGGCCCCUACGACCCCUUCACCGCCGCCAGGGCCAACAACAACGACACCUGGGCCGCCUGGCCCGCGGACAACUGGGCCAUGGAGGACGCCUGGGCCAAACCCGCGGAAGACGCCUGGGCCGACAGCUCCAAAGCUUCCACCGCGACCAAAACAUCCAACACGUCCAAAACCAGCUUCGCCAGCGACUGGAAGACCGACAACUGGGCCAACAAAACCGACAACACUUGGUCCAGCAAAACAGACAAUAAUUGGGCGACGGAUUGGGACACGAAUGCCAAUACGACGAAUAAUAAUAAAAACCUCAACGAAACCUGGCCGACGAAUACCUUACCGAGCAAAAAGGAGAAAUCUCCGAAACCGGUAAAAUACGCGAGGUCUUUAGUCCAUACAAUAGGAGGUAUUGGAAGAACGAGACACAAUAAGGAUAAAAAGGCUAAACCCGUUGAAGCGAAGAGCUCAGAAGUGAUUCCCUCGGAAGAGCAGCAGUGGGCGUGGGCCGCGGCAGAGUCCAAGCGCUUGAACGAGGAAGCGGAAGCCAGACGAAGGCAGGAAGACGCAGAAUUGCAGCUAGCUUUAGCCAUAUCGCGACAAGAGAAGUGACAUAAAAUUUCUCUGUUCUCGAUCAAAAGACAGAACCGCACUUAAUGUGUAUUUAAAGGAUGGAAAGAGUAUGGAUAUCUGUCACGUGUGAAUUGGUAAGAGGACCAUAUUGGCGUGGACGACGAAUCUUGCCUUAGGAAUGCUCGAACUUUUGCACUAAAUUAUAAUUUUUAUCGUUUCAUUCUGUAUAGCCUAGCAUGACCGCCUGUAGAAAGCUGUCGCGGAUGUAUUUACGGAUUUUGUCGUAGAAUCGAAAAAAAAACAUAUUUCAUAUGAGCCGGUCUGCAAAUGGCAAUAUCUAAAGAAAUGUAACUCUCAUACUGAGGCUUUAAAGGAACCAUAACACAUGUGCUAUUAAACACUCACACGCAACGCAUUGAUGCUGAGAGUGUGUGAGUGUUAUUAAUGUAAUUGUACAUUGAGAAUUUUCAUUGUUUCAAGAUCAUAUUGGCAUUGGUGAUAUAUUUUUGAUAAGCUUGACUGAAGUGCCAUUUUUAAGCUUAAUUUACAUUUCCUUAAUAUUGUUGUGCGUAGGAGUAGAUACUAUUACCAACUCUCGUGAUGAAUAUUUCGUGGCGGUUAUGCUUUGGGGAUUUAUAAUUGACAAAUUCUUUUGUUUGAAGCAAAUAAUUUUAGUAAUUUGAAAAUAAUCCGCUAGUCAUUUGGAAGUGUUGCAGGAAUACAGGCGUUGGAGAACAAAGCAAUAGGUGUCGAGCGUUAUUGAUUUAAUUUUAAUAAUUAAUUAUUAUUUGCAAGAAUGGCCUAAUCUUUGUAAUAUAAUAGAUUUAUGUACAGGUUUUAGUUUUAUUGUUUACUAAAUAUGUACCUAGACCUACUAUUUGUUCAAGAUUUGUUUGUGAAUUUUCACCAAUUUUCAGUAUAAGUACAGAUGUACUAUUUCACGAAUACCGUUGUGGCUAUGUUUGUGUGAGUACACAUUGUUAUAGUGCGGUUGACACUCAGAAGAUCUAACGGGCGGUACUUUGACUUUGCUCAGACGUUAAAACGAGACAGAUUUAUGU